GUCAGCCUCCAUUGAAAAGCAUUUCUAGAUAUUGCUGUCAUAUUUUCUUUGUUUUUGUCUGGCAAUUGUUUGGUAAAUCAAGUCACGUGGAGGCAUGUCUCUGUCGAGAGGUAGUAAACUCUUCUUUGGCACCGUCACAUUUGCAGUGCCCGUCUCUAUCACCCUUCUUGAUGUUGUUGGAUAUAUAGCCAAGGUGGAGGGUUCAUCCAUGCAGCCGGUCUUGAACCCAAACAAUGACAUACGAAAUGUAGACUAUGUUCUUCUCAACAAAUGGGGUGUACGGAACUACCGGUUUAAACGAGGGGAGGUCAUAUCAUUAAGGUCGCCUAGCAAUCCUGAGCAAAGACUGAUUAAACGAAUCAUUGCUUUAGAAGGUGACACGGUGAGAACUCUCCAUUAUAAAAAUCGCUAUGUGAGGAUUCCAGAAGGACACUGCUGGGUUGAAGGUGAUCAUCAUGGCCAUAGUUUAGAUAGUAACUUAUUUGGACCUGUGUCUGUGUCUCUAAUCCAAGCCAAAGCAUCACAUAUAGUCUGGCCACCAUCUAGAUGGCAACGAUUAAAGACAUUAGAAACAAAAAGCAUCUCCUUGGAUCCAGGCAAGAGCCACUUGCGAGUCUGUGUAGCACUGAUACGGGAUAGUAUCAGGUAAUUUCAAUGCUGAGCGAGAGAAUAUCAAAAGACAAGCACACAAGAGACUGCCUAGUAAUUCAAGACAGGGUAGUGACAUCAAGGGCUUCAAGGGGGCCACUUUUGCCUUGGAAAUCACCAAAGACAUCUCAUAGGAACCAUCUGACCUCAGAACCCUCAAGUAAACACAGGCACCAUAGCCCUGUGUAGAGGCAUCACCAAAUGCAUGAAGUUCAAUGCCCACUAGAGUUUUCCAAGCCAAGCCUGAGGUGUAGCACCUAGGAAUUCUCCACUGUUUGAUCACAUCUAAUCCUUCUAGCCAUGUAAGGAAUUUCAACUCAAGGGGUAGGUCCUCGUCCCACUCCAAACCCAAUCGCCAAAUUUCUUGGAAAAGGAUUUUCACAACCAUGGUAAAAGGAGUCAAGAGUCCAAGGGGGUCAAAGAGCCGCGCAGUGAAGCUGAGAACAAUCUGCUUGGAACAUGCUAUUUCCAAGGGUACGGGUACAGAAAUACCCUCAAAGAGGAAACAAUCCUCCUGGGAUAGCCACAUCAUCCCCAGUACCUUAGCUGAGUCACAAUCCAAGUGCUUUGAACCAAAAUCAACUCAGAAUUUGUCUUCAAACACCUUACUAUUGGACUUACACUUGGCAAAAUCUAUCCUGGUUUCACCUACAAUGUCUCUGGCCCAAUCAAACAUGUAAAAAUGGUGGCAGAUUUGAACUUGAGAGAGUUGGCCUUGUUGUCGGACGACGAUGACCUUCUUGUUUAUAGUUAAGAAGAUGUGAAACCAUCAUCGUCAACCUUUGACCCAACUUACAAUCGUUUCAACAUAAAUCAGAUAAGAGAUGAGCAAGCCAAAGUAAUGUUUCGGUUUGCAAAAGAGCAAAUCACCCAAAUGGUCGUUGCUCUAGGUAUCCCACCUGUUUACAAAGCAGCUGAUAGGUCUAUCGUUACUGGUCAUGAUGGGCUGUGUAUGCUGCUCCGACGUUUGGUUUAUCCAAAUAGGCUUUGCGAGUUAGAAAAAGAGUUUGGAAGGCCCAAAAGUGUUUUGUCCGCAAUAAUCACAACAGUCCUUGAAGAUGUCGAUUUGCACUUUAGAACGAAGUUCACAGACCUGGAUGCCCAUCCAUGGAUGACCAUAGCCACCAUUCAUCACUUCGCCGAUGCUGUCCACGAGAAGGGAGCUGCUCUUAGGAAUUGUUGGGGUUCAUUGAUGGUACACCCAGGCCGAUUUGCCGACCAACAGUCAACCAAAGGCUAUGCUUUAGUGGACAUAAAAGGGUGCACUGUCUUAAGUUCCAAUCCGUUGUGGCUCCCAAUGGUCUCAUCGUUAAUCUUUACGGACCUAUUGAGGGACGUAGACAUGAUUCAGGCAUGCUGAGAAUGAGCAACCUAUUGCCGGAGUUGGUUAGGGUCAACUACAGGUUGAUUGAUAACACACCUAUGUGUCUCUAUGGGGAUCCGGCUUUUCCCAUCAGGGAUCAGCUUCCAGCACAAUUCAGGGGUGCCGUUGUGACUGACGAGCAAAGGGCUUUCAACAAAAGCAUGAGUGCCGUACAUGAAUGCGUGGAAUGGCAAUUUGGAAAAAUUGUGUCGAACUUCGCUUUCUUGGACUUCAAAAAAAACUUGAAAUUGUCCCUCCAGCCUGUUGGCAAAUUGUACAUUGUAGGGGCUUUGUUUUCAAAUCGCCACACCUGUCUGAAUGGCUUGGUCACCAGCACGUAUUUCAGUGUUGACCCACCAGCACUGGAAGACUACUUGGCCUUGCAAUAGGGCUUUAUUGAGGACAAUCAAUGUCUUAGUGACAAAAGAAGAUUAGUGAAGACAAAACGUUUAGGUCAUCCUCCUAUAACCAGAUGGCAGCACCCUACGGUGUAAGAUAUCAAAGUCAACUUCACGGGGGGGGGUCAAGUACAUGUACAUUUAGUCUUCCAGUGCUAGUUGGGUCCACACUGAAAUAGGUGCGAGUGACAUGAUAAGAUGAUAGAAGUUACUAGUACAGCAGAACCUCACCUUUAGCGGCCAGUGCACACUCAAUAAGGAUGUCCCUUCUAUGGACAACUGUUCAAUCAUUACCUAAUCAGUCGUUAGACUUGACAAUUAUUAAGGACAGUACUUCUCACGUCUUCCUUAGGUUUGCUUAUAGAGGUUCUAUAGUUUAUCCAAAGUCAAGUUAAGUCUCAACGCUCUUCGACUUCAUUCAGUCUCUUCUAUUGGACUGUUCUCUUUUGCACAUGUCCUAGUUGAGUUUGAAUAGUAAUAGUACCGUCACCUGGUGUUUCAGUUUUGCUUGAAUUUCCAAGGUUGAACAUGAAAGUACAGCAUCAAAUUUAUUUAUGUCGAACAAUAUGAAAGUAACUCUAAAACAUCUCAUGUUAACAUUUAUGUUUAAUUUGAAAAUAAACUUUUAACA